AUGCGAGCCUCUCUGCUGAUUCUGCUGCUCUCCGUUCAAUUGAUCAACUCCGAAGAUCUUGCGUGUAAGAGUUGCAAGUUUGUGGUGUCCGAAUUGGAAAAAAUAUUCGAAAAGGACCUGGUAAAGGAAUGCAUCCAGCCUUUGAUCUCCUUUCUCUGUGAACGGUUCCACAUCCAGACCCACAAUAUCUGCAAAGGAAUCACUUCCACAUUCAAAGAGGAGUUCCUUUAUGUGAUCAAGGAGCUCAUCUCCAAACCCCAACAUGUCUGCGGUCUCCUCUUAAAGGACUGUGAUCAUGAAGACAACCCUUUAUACAGUAAUUGGACUAUUCCCAUUCCCGGAAAUAAACCCCAGAAAAAUGAUAGAAAACCGCCCAAGGCAAGGCCCCCGUUAGAGUGAUAAUUAAAUGAAUUUAAGGAUACAAUCGGUCCAACUCUGCGGGUCUUGCACAUCACGGACCUCCACAUUGAUCUGGAAUACGCAGUCGGAACAGAGGUUGAUUGUGGAGAACCGAUGUGUUGUAGAUGGCCAAAAGAACGAUCAAUGGUUGGUGGUUUAGAAUGACGUCAUCUUUUCAGAAACCACUCAAAUCUCCGGCUGGAUAUUGGGGAAGUGUUGGGAAUUGCGACUCACCUUUGUGGACAGUUGAGAACAUGUUAAAGCAUGCAUCUACGAAGCAAGGAAGGGUAAAAUGAGUUUACCAGAAAUGAUUCCUGUGUUGUUGUAGAUCGAUUAUAUAGUAGUUGCCGGGGAUUUGGAGAGCCACGCUGAUUGGGAAUACAGCAAGGAGGGGCAUCUGGAGACCAUAAAUAUCUUGUUCCCCCUGUUCAACAAGUAUUUCCCAAGAACUCCUUUGUAUUUUUCAUUAGGAAAUCAUGAAGGAUACCCUGUGGAUAAGUAGGUUUUGUGUAUUUGACAACAAAACUCAUCAUUAUUUCUUACUGUAACAUUCUUCUAGUGUGGCCCCGCAUUCGGUGCCAGAGAAAUUCCAGAUGACCUGGUUAUACGAUGCGAUGCUCAAGCAUUUUGGGCGAUGGCUGACGGUCAAGGAUCAGAACAGUUUUAGAUAGUAAGUCACUGCAAUUUUACUGUGUAUUUAAAUAUAUUGCAGUAACGCCUGCUUCUCCACUUUAAUCGCUCCCAAGUUACGGCUGAUCUCUCUGAAUUCGAUUUUGGGAGAUAACAUGAACUUGUAAGUCAUUAGUUACUAAUAAUUUAAUUUUUUUUUCUACGAGACUGAUAAAUUUGUCUUGGCGUUUAAUUUGUAUUAAUAAUGUUUAUUUCCUCCAUCAAAGCCUUAUCUCUGCUUGUCAAUGAAAAUUGAUUUCCACAAAAUUGUAGUCUUAUCACAAGAUCUACUGUAACUAAAAUCCAGGAUUAUCUAUGCAAUAUAUAUUGCAGUUUCUUGUACCUGAACCAAACCGAUCCGGAUGGGACGAUGACUUGGUUUGCCAGUGAACUUCUCCAGGCCGAGAAAAGGGGGGAAAAGGUUCAGAUCUUGGCGCAUUUGCCCGCAGGCGCAGGAGAAAUGUUCGAGCAAUGGGCCAUCAAUUAUUACCGACUGGUAAAUCGGUUUGAAGAUACGAUUGUGGGCCAAUUUGUUGGCCAUACUCACAAGUCCCAGGUCUAUCUAACUUUCGAGGACCCCGAGGAUGCCACUUCCAGACCCACCUCGGUCUCUUACAGUGGACCCAGUGCUACCCCGUACGAUGGUGUUAAUCCAGGAUAUCGUAUAUACACAAUUGAUGGGGUCAGAAACAACUCGACCUAUGUGAGCAGUUAUUUAAAUUAAUUUAACAUCUGAUUUCAGAAAAUAAUCGAUUUUGCUGAUUAUUAUUUGGACCUGAUCGAAGCAAAUGCCAAUUAUUCCUACAAAGACAUGGCCCCUUGGAAAGCCUUGUACACAUCGGUCAAAAAAGAGUACAAUAUGGCUUCAUUGGAGCCAGAAGAAUGGAUGAAAUUAGUCCACAAAAUGCCCAAUGAUCACCAAUUUAUGCGGAGAUUCGAAAAGUAAGAAUAAAAAAACAAAGAAGAAUAAUUAAAAGAAUAAAUGAAUUACAAUACUUCCAGAAACGUUUACCGUCGAGAUCUGGGGCCGUGUGACGCUGGCUGUGUUCAAGACCGAGUCUGUCAGAUGGUUACGAGCCAUCACUCAAAGGCAUUGUGCCAAAGUGUGAGGGGAAAUAUUGAAGGAGAUUCAUCACCAUCCCCACCUCCUCGGCUCUCCCUCCCGAGUUUAAGGUCCUUCCUCACGAAAUGUCCCGUUUAA